UCGGAGGCAGAUCUGAUCGCAUAUGUCAAUAAAAUCGCGGAGAUUGGAAUACCUCGGUGAUCUCUGGGUUUAAAAAUUGACAUUUGAUCAAUAUUAUAAUUGAAACUGAGUGAAUAUACCAAAAUCUAAAUCCAGGAUAUAUUUCAUUGCACAUUUGUGUCUAUAAUUGAGAUCUGAAAAGGAUUAUAUACAAAAUUUUAUUCCCGGGCAUUUACUACACGAGGAUGCUCCUCUCUGAGGCUACCUGUUCCAGAGAUGGGUCGUGAGACCACACUUCCGGAUGUGGCAUUUUUGCCCACCAGAUGUCGCCACUAGCGUCACCUCGUGAUGAUCCCGGUGAUUCUGGCCGUUCAUGUAGACAAUGGAAAGUGGGUGGACGUUCCUAUCACCCCCGACACCAAGUGUCGAGAUGUUGUCGAAUGCUGUCGAGAGCCCAGCGACGAAUUAUGCUCUCUUGUCCAGACUGCAGGUCUCAUAGAACAAAUUGUGCCGGAGGAUACAUACAUGAUGGAUCUUCUUAACCAGUGGGGAAACAGUUGGCCCGCUGUCACUUUUCAUCUGCAGUACAGCGACCCCGUUGAGAAUAUCCGCAGUUUGGGACCUCAUCAAUUUCCCCACCCCACUAUGAAGGAAUACAGAACUCGGCAUAGAAAGCUUCCUGAAAACAAUGAACUGAGCUUAGCUGACUUGCGCCAGAUGGCCGCACGUCAGCAGCACCAAAUAGAAGCCCAUCAACAACUAUUGGUCGCCAAAGAACAACGCCUCAAAUUCUUGAAGCAGCAAGAAGCCCGCCACCACCAGGGUCAGACUGCGCAUGCGCCCGACGGUGACAGGUUACGCCACCUCCGGGAGAGGGUGGAACUACAAGAGUUGAAACUUCGGCGGCUUCGGGCACUCAGGGGUCAAGUGGAACAACACAAAUCCAACAACUCUAAUCUAGGUGCUGAAUUGGAAUCGAUUCGAGCUCUGUUCAAUGAGAAAGAAAAAGAGCUUUCGAUGGCGGUGGCCAAAGUGGAGGAGCUCACGAGACAGCUCGAAGAUGUGCGGAGAGGGGACGUGACGGGGUUGAAACAUGGGACCACUCCGUCCCCAGCUGCCAUGGAAUUUCAGAAGUUGAAGAGAGAGCUUCUGUACCGAUCCAAACUGAACGAGCAACAAAACGCCCGGAUAGCUCAGCAGAGAGAAACCCUGGCGAGGCGGCAAUCGGAAAUUUCUCAGAUGGACCAAAGAAUCGCCGAAUUACAACAGCGGCUUCAGAGGAAACGACUGCUCAACCAACAACUCAGCAGCCAACUCCACUUGGCCACUCGGAGCCGACCACGGACCAACAUCGCCGCCGUGGAGCCCCUCAAAAGGGCCGCCCAGGAAGUCGAACUUAUCAGAGACGAUCUGAAAGUGCCCAGUGACACAGAGUUCACUCCCAACAAGAAAGAUCCAAAAUAUCAAACGCUACCGUACAAUACCAAAUUUCCUCUUGGCAAUAAUGUUGACAGUAAUCAAAAGACAGUUCACAUAAAUGGUAACGGAAGCGAUGAAAAGCAACAUAUCCUGCAGAAUGGUGGACCGCCACCAUACCCUGAACCUCCCAGUGUCCAUUCGUUACCAAAUAAAUCGUUGCAACCUCGAAGCACUGAUGCUCUGUCGCCUAGACCUUUUGUAUCGGCGUCCAGCAAUUCAGCUGCAAGAGGGCCUCAACAAAGGAUAACAACAACAUCAUCGAAUGGAAUCACAACAGUAUCAGGGAGCACCAGUGUCAUUACAUCACAACCCAAAUCUAAUUCUAUCGGACCUCCAUCGACGGUACGAUCCAAAACUCCAGUGAGCUUUCCUAACCAUCAAGUUAUUCUUCCUCCAACAGUGAUGACCUCUGGUCAGUCAGGGAUCCCGCGAACCAUACCUCAGACUCCGGCAAGGCAGCAUCCUGCGCCGAGUUACAGCUACGCUCGAGCAAGGAGUAACGAAAACGCGUUGGCCAAUCAAAAGCCGGCUGUUCCUCCGAAACCUGGAACUCCCAGAAAGCCAGUUCUCCCACCACGCCAACUUCAUGGUGCUGUGCACACUCCACCUAAGCCAGACACUGUGGAUCAGGCUCUUUCUGUUUUGAAAGGCGAUAUUCGCAGUUCUGACAGUCAACGGCAAGUUCCUCCAACAAGUCUGCACCAACGCCUCGCCCCAUCAGUGUACGGACAUCACCCUCUAGCUAAAGGCGAAUCAUCAGACGCCAGCUCUAAUUCGACCGAAAAUGAAGCUCGGAGCUCUCCGCAAAACCGUCUUCCUGUCAACGGCAAUAUCACCAACCACAAUGCAGAAAGCAAUAACGUGCACAUAUCGCUGAACCGGCGCAUUGGCAUGCCGCCCGCCUUUUACUUCCCAGAGAACCAGACCCCUCCCUCCGAUUUGAAUGGAACGGACCCUUCAUCUAUGGCCAAGCGCCGGCCUUUCUCGCAAGAAGAGAUGCAACUGCUCAAGCUGGAGAUACCGUCAUCGGAAAAUGAGAUGCAUUCGCCAAAAACUUCAUCCAAUAGCGUGGCUGAGAAAACCAAAGAUCAAGAUAUCAAACCUUCAUCUCCAGAAUCCCCCUCUGAGCAAUCGGGGAGCAGUUCUGUGCAGUCGUCGUCCCUGUCACCCGACUCCACGGACCGGAGUGCAUCGGACAUCGAACAGUUCUCGGACAAACCGAGUGUCGGAGCGGCCAUGCGCAGAGUUAAGAAAGGAAACCUGAAGACCAAAGGGGCCGCCAAAAACCCCCGACGCGUCAGCUUUGAUCCUUUGGCACUUCUUUUGGACGCUGCGCUUGAAGGAGAAUUAGAGCUUGUCAAGAAGACUGCAAAAGAAGUCCCAAAUCCAAGUGCAGCGAACGAUGAAGGAAUUACGGCUCUCCAUAACGCCAUUUGUGCCGGCCAUCUAGAGAUUGUGAAGUUUCUGGUGGAAUUCGGCUGCGAUGUGAACGCGCAAGACAGCGACGGAUGGACACCUCUUCAUUGUGCAGCCUCAUGCAAUAACCUGGCAAUGGUAAAGUACUUAGUAGAAAGAGGCGCUUGCAUUUUUGCCACGACGCUCAGCGACCACGAGACAGCGGCUGAGAAAUGUGAAGAGGACGAGGAAGGUUUCGACGGAUGCUCUGAAUACUUGUACAGUAUGCAGGAGAAGCUGGGCAUCCUGAACACCGGCGUAGUGUACGCCCUGUACGACUACGACAGUCAGAACCAGGAUGAGCUCUCCUUUAGGGAUGGCGACCAGCUGGUCGUGCUGAGGAAAGGAGACGACCUGGAAAGGGAGUGGUGGUGGAGCAAACUCAACGACAGGGAGGGAUAUGUGCCAAGGAACUUGCUUGGGCUGCAUCCUCGAGUAACAGUUAAAAAAGAACAAUAGCAGUAGUAUUUCAUUCGUCUCACUACUCUCAAGUGACCUUGAAAGCAGUUCGAGAUGCACCCCCAGAGCUUCUGUGAAGCAUCUUGCACCACAAAAAGGAGGUCUUUUAUGUCAUGGAUAUAUCAUCAUCAUUGCUGGCAUAUCUCUCAGCUCUAAUCUAUCAGAGCUGAAAUGAUAUAAUUUUUUUCUUUAAUAAUUUUACAAACGCUAACCUAGCUGUUGUGUCUAGGAUUUAGAUGUUUGCAACAUUUACAAUGUUACUGUGCAAUAUAUCUGUGUGAUGAAAGCAUGAUUUUUUUUAUUAUUAUUUUUAAAAAAUAUUUUAAGAAGAACUUAUUAAAAUAUAUUGUUUUAUGAAUUAUUGAAAAAGUUAGAUUAUAGGAUAUCUUUUAGCAUUGAUUCUAAUAUCAUAUGUGUGUAGUUUAUUCCAACAGUUACAAAUUUCAAUUAUUGAAAUGUGUUUAUCCAAUUUUGAAUAUUGUGUUUAUUUCAAUUCAAGCAUAUCAUAUUGUGCUUACUUCAAAAACAUAUCCUGUGAAAUGUUCCUUAAGUUUGUACUCAAAUUUUAAUUUGAAAACAUAUCAUCUACAUAAAUUUUUUAAAUGUUUUGGAAAAUGUGAAAAUUUGUAGUAAAAUAGGGAAAUAAUAACUAAGCUUAGUAUCAUUUUAGCUAUUUACUCGGUGAUUAUUAACAAUCACAGAAAAUUACUUAAUUUUAAUUCAUUUUUCACACAUUUCGUCUGUGGCAAAAAGAUUACAACUCCAUUUUUGUGUGUGUGUAAAAUAUGCAGUUUUUGUAUGAUAUAUGUGUAUACAUAAAUUGUUUAGAUAGAAGCAAUAUUGCUUUCUUUUUUUCCCCCAAUCUUUAUUUUGUAAGAUGCAAUACUUUCCUAGUUUAGGGUAUGACCCAUUUUUCUUUUGUAAUAAAAAUCAAAAUAAACUACUAAUUUUUAGUAGUAAUUUCUAUUUGUAAAUUUAUUUGUUAUUAAGUACAAUUCUAUUGAUUCAGGGCUCUUUUUUUUCUUCUUGAUAAUGAAUAAAAUUGUCAUGAAUUAAAAAAAAAAAGUUGGCUUAGAGAAAAGACUUUAGCUGCAUUGAAUAUGAAUGAAAUGAUUCAUUUUAUUUUUGAAAAAUCAUACAAUAUGCAUGUUUGUAACAUAUCAGUGUAAGAGAGUGUAGUGUUAACUGUACCUGCGUAAUUGUACAGCAUUUCUGGAAUAUUUUGCAUGUGUACAUACUGCUGAUAUGUUAUCAGAACAAAUAUUUUUCUAUAUGCAUCUAAAUAGUUGAGUAAGUGUACAUAUGUUUUAUGAAGACCUUUUGUUAGGUAUUCCGUCCAUGCUAUAAAGUGUUGAAUAAAGUUCGUUGAAAAAUA